CAGAACGUUACGAAUCGACCUCCUCUGAAGUAGCGAAAUCGAAGCGAUGAAUAAAACAAACGAGCGGCUGAGAUUGCUUAAAACUCUAUAAGAGUAUCCAUUUCCACCGUCGCUCCAUUGUUCAUUAGUUAGGUACACGCAAAAUCAAAAACACAGAGAGAGUGUGAGAGAGUCCAAAGAUGAUGAAGCAGAAAACUUGGCCAGCUCGAUCCGACGGUUCUCGCUUCCUCUCCCUUCCACUAUCAAAAAUCAAGGGUCCGAAAUUCCCCACCCGAACUUCGACCCAUCAGAUCCCAUUCUACAACACAAGACCAUCCGACGGCCACGAUUUCUCGGCGCUCCCGUACGACGUGUUGACGAAAAUCGCGGCGUCGUUUAGCCUCCAAAACCUUCGAGCCGCGUCGCUGGUGUGCAAGUCGUGGAGCGAGGCGCUUAAGCCCUUGAGAGAGGCGAUGCUGUUGUUGCAUUGGGGGAAGCGGUUCAAGCACGGUCACGGUGGAGUCCGCCCUAACUUGGACAAGGCUCUGGACUCGUUCUUGAAAGGCGCGGCUCGUGGUUCUGCUCUGGCUAUGGUGGAUGCUGGUUUGAUUUACUGGGAAUUAGGUCACAAGGACAAGGCUGUUGCUUUGUAUCACAAAGCUGCGGGGCUUGGUGACCCUGCUGGACAGUGCAAUUUGGCCAUUUCUUUUUUGCAAGCUGAACCUCCAAAUCUGAAGGAAGCUGUAACAUGGUUAUAUCGAGCUUCCAUUGCUGGCCAUGUCCGUUCUCAAUACCAACUUGCACUUUGUCUGCAUCAAGGUCGAGGGGUUAAUUGCAAUAUAAAAGAUGCUGCUAGAUGGUAUCUAAAAGCUGCAGAAGGUGGGUAUGUGCGUGCUAUGUACAAUGUCUCGCUAUGCUACUCAUCUGGUGAAGGUUUGGUGCGUAGUCAUCAACUAGCAAGAAAGUGGAUGAAGCGGGCAGCUGAUCGUGGUCACACUAAAGCACAAUUUGAGCAUGGACUUGCUCUCUUUUCUGAAGGGGACAUGAUGAAAGCUGUGGUGUACCUGGAACUUGCCACCCGUGCUGGAGAAAGAGCCGCAGCUCGUGUGAAGAAUGUAAUCCUCCAACAACUCUCAGCAACUUCCCGUGAUCGAGUCAUGCUUCUUGCUGACAAUUGGAAAGCUUUGCCUUCAUCUCGCUGAGCUAUAUUAUAAAUGGUUUGUAAACCUGUACAUAUCCCUGUCCUCUCCUUUUGGCAGCCUUUCCUUUAGUUAUAUUCUUCCUGAUGAGUGAUGGAACUUCGUAGUUUAGAGUAUAGAAUCUAUAGAUGAAGAACUUAUGUCCCUAUCCUUUUCUACACUUGGCAUAUUUUAGCCUUAUCCUAGGCAAAGUAGUUUUUUUAGCCCAAACUAAUGAUUCUAAUUGCACAUUUAGUUGUGUUGAAUUUGGGAUUGGGCAGUUUGAAAUUUCUUGACCAAUUACCUUGUAUGAGUUCUCAGUUGCCUCGUUGAGGAAUCUGCCAGCUGUCCUGUAUCUUCUAAACAAAGCCCAGGUGUGCUGUUCAUGUAAUCUGAUGGAUCCAGGACCUGCAACCUUAAUUACAAAUUGCUUGCAGUAUAAUUGGAUUGAGCAAAUGACCAGUGAAUAGCCCUGAAGGUAUCCUUAUCCAUGAAAGUAAAUUCACUUACUACUUCCACUCCCAGGGUGUUAAUGUCCCAUAGACAAUUGAACUUAGUGAUUGAGCUUCUGAUAUCUUUCUUAUGAUCUGGACAUGUUGGAGAUUCAUUGGAUAAUAAAUGAUUUACUUGAUGCC